AUGAUAGGCCUUUUCCAUCAUCCUCCUUUCUCCGUAUUCCGUAUCAGUCCCAUCGGUGUCGCCACAUGCAAAUACUCGGGGAAAAAGAGGCUGAUCAUUGACCUGUCGUCCCCACACGGCUCCGACAUCCCGAGCAUCAACAGCCUUAUUCCUAGCCCGGAUUUCUCCAUGCAGUACGCCACCAUUGACCACGCCAUGGCACUGAUUCGUCUGGCGGGACACGGAGCAUGGCUGUCUAAGGCUGAUAUCACUAGCGCAUUCAAGGUCUUGCCCAUUCACCCCGACUUCUGGUGUUAUUUCGGUGUCUGCUGGAAGGGGGCUUACUACUUCUCCGUGCGUCUCACUUUCGGCUGCAAGAGCAGUCCCAAAAUCUUUGACUCUUUAUCCGAGGCUCUAUGCUGGAUCCUCUCCAACAAUUACAGGCUCCCCUACGUCCUUCAUCUCCUUGACGAUUUUCUUGUCGUGACUCCCCCGUCCUCACCUCCUCGCCACGGUCUCACUACACUUACGUCUGCAUUUUCCGACCUCGGUGUCCCUCUGUCCGAAGAAAAAACUUCAGGACCUGGCACAUCCAUCGAGUUUCUGGGCAUCACUCUGGACUCAAUGUCAUUCCAGGCUUCACUGCCCUUGGAGAAAGUGCAGCGCAUCUCGCUGCUCUUGUCUAAUUAUCUCCUGACAGACAGGUGCACCAAACGCCAGCUGCUCGCUCUCCUCGGGCACCUCAAUUACGCCAUCCGCAUAAUUCCACAGGCAAAAUCUUUUCUUUCUCAACUGCUGACCAAAGCUGCAUCCAUUCCCUCUCUCCACGACCACGUGGUUCUGGACGACACUUGUAAAACAGAAAUGCGCAUGUGGCAGCAAUUUCUGUCAUCCUGGAACGGCAUCUCAUUCUUCUACGACGACUUCAUCACCCAUCCCGAGGACAUUCAACUCUACACGGACGCGGCUCCCUCCGUAGGUUUCGGCGGGUAUUACGGGGGGAGGUGGUUUGCUGCCGCUUGGCCCUCCGAGUUCGAGUCCCUCGACACAGAGUCACGCUCUCCCUCGUCUGCUCUGUACGAGCUGUACCCCGUGAUCAUCGCCACUCUAAUCUGGGGGCAAGAAUGGUCAAAAAAAUGCAUCAAUAUUCACUCUGACAACACAGCAGUAGUAGAUAUAAUCAAUAAAGGCCGUUCCCGUUCCCCAGCCAUCAUGCCAUUCACCCGCAGACUCACUCUCAUCUCCGCUCAGUAUCAAUUCAUCCUCCGCGCGUCUCACAUUCCCGGUCACCACAAUGCCAUCGCUGACUCACUCUCCCGCUUCUCUUUCCAGAAAUUCAGAUGCUUGGCUCCAGACUCGGAUGUCCAUCCCACACCAAUCCCAUCGUUUUCAGCGACCAUAUUCAGCUAA